GUCAGUGUCCGGGCUUCCUCUCUCUCUCCCGCUCUUGUGCUUGUCCACUUCCGGGAAUCUCCCCCUCUUCUUUCCCUCUUUUGCUUCAUGUGCUGUUGCUCACCAUGCGGCUUUUUGAGGCUUCUUCCAGUCUCGGCAGCUCCCGCGUGGACUAUUCUUUUGGACUCCCAUCACUUGGUCUCUGCUCGGCUUUCAUCUCCUUCCUGGUUCCUUCCCUUCUCGAUAUCUUUUAGGGCUUCAAAGUUGAUACCUCUGCAGUAAGUUCGAGAUCGAGCUGCCACUUCGAUCAGAACUGUUUCUGUGGACUGAUCGCGAUGCAGCCAGGUUUUGAUAUGAAUAAGCUGUGCAAAGAAGCUCAGACACGUUGGUUGAAGCCUGUAGAAGUUCUUUUUAUCUUACACAAUUAUGAGAGUUUCCAACUCUCCAAUAAGCCUCCUGAUAAGCCACCUAGUGGUUCUUUGUUCCUUUUCAAUCGAAGGGUGCUACGCAAUUUCCGUAAUGAUGGACAUUUGUGGCGGAAAAAGAACAAUGGAAGGACCCUUGCAGAAGCACAUGAGCGUCUUAAGGUUGGGAAUGCUGAAGUAUUGUCUUGUUAUUAUGCUCGUGGGGAGCAAAAUCCAUGUUUUCAGAGGCGUAUCUAUUGGAUGCUGGACCCGGCAUAUGGGCACAUUGUUUUUGUCCAUUAUAGAGAAGUGGCAGAGGGAAGAUAUGUUCCUGAACCAAUUUUCAGCUUCUCAACUGAAUCUCCUUCAACUUUCAAUCAGAGCAACAGCAUUACUGAUGCUCAAGCACAAGGCUUCCCCACUCAAAUUAAUGAAUUAAAUGAACAAUGCCAGAGCUCAUGCAGUCCGGUAUCAGUGGAAGAAGUUAAUUCUGAGUUUGUUACAGGAAAAAAUGAGAAGCCCCAUUUGAUUAAAAUGGAUAGAUCAGAAACUUAUAACCAGCCAUUGCUGCCAGAGGUCAAUCAUGCAUUACGGAAGCUUGAAGAGCAGUUAAGUUUGGAUGAUGAUGAUGAUGGUGGUGUUGGUGGUUACAUCUAUUCCGAGGAGGACUUCUCACAGGAAACACUUGACAGUCUAUUUGAUCAAUUGAAACAUGAGGCAAAUGGUCAUGUGGAAGAGGGUGAACGGCAAGAUGGCUCUAGCACCCUCCAGAUGGUGAAGAGUCCAGAAUUUUCAGGGUGGUCUCAUGGAUCUCAUUCCAUGCUCAAUUCUACCUCUAAGCUAAACUCUUGUGAAGCUGCCUCUGGAUUGCUGACUCUUGGAAAUGAUAAUAACAUUCAUGGGCUGGAGAUGAUGCUCUUAACUGAAAAUAGUAUAUAUUCUUCUUCUGCCUUCUCAGGGAUGGGGUUGGACCAGAGUCAAUGCGAAACUCCUCUUGGAACGGGUUCUCGUUUGCCAAUAUCACAAAAACCAUGGUUUAGCAUAUGUGAAAUCUCUCCAGAAUGGGCAUUUUCUUUUGAAAGAACAAAGGUUCUCAUUGCUGGACACUUUCUUUGCAUUCCUCCUGUGCACUCGUUGGCCAUAUUAUUUGGGGACAUUGAAGUUCCUCUAGAAAUUGUUCAGGAAGGUGUCUUCCGUUGUCUGGCUCCCAAACAUGAUGCUGGAAAAGUCAAAUUGUGCAUUACAUCUGGAAAUGGGGAACCCUGCAGUGAUGUACGAGAAUUUGAAUUUCGUGCAAACCCGGGCACCUCAAGUUUUUGUAGAACUUCAAAGCAACCAUAUGCAGUCAAGAGCACCGACGAAUUGUUGUUGCUAGCCAGAUUUGUACAGAUACUUUUAUGCGAACAUGACAGUGCAUCUAUUCCUCGAGGUGAUGUUGAAACAUAUAUUGAUCCUUCCGGAAAAUUGAAAAGAAAUGAUAAUCGGUUAGGGGAAAUUGUUGAAGCUCUCCUAGCUGGUAGAGAGAUUUCAACAAACACAAUGGAUUGGAUCUUGCAAGAUCUAUUAAAAGAUAAGUUGCAGCAGUGGUUAUUGUCUAAACAUUUGGGAACUGCUGACCAAACCUGUGUGUUGUCCAAGCAAGAGCAAUGCAUUAUACACAUGAUUUCUGGCUUGGGAUAUGAGUGGGCCUUAAACCCAAUUCUUAUUUCUGGCACUGGCAUAAAUUUCCGUGAUACAAAUGGAUGGACUGCACUUCAUUGGGCUGCACGUUUUGGAAGGGAGAAAAUGGUUGCUGCACUUCUUGCCGCAGGUGCUUCAGCUGGUGCUGUGACGGAUCCCACUCCACAAGAUCCAGCAGGCAAAACACCAGGUUCUCUUGCUGCAGCCAAUGGCCACAAAGGCCUUGCUGGAUAUCUUUCAGAAGCUGCACUAACCAACCAUCUUUUUUCUCUCACAACGGGAAAAAGUGAGAUUUCCAAAACCUGUGGUUUUGUGGAGGCAGAUGGAGGCAUUGAGAGCAUAUCGCAGAGAAGUGCCCACUUACAAGGUGGUACAGAAGAUCAACUUUCACUUAAAGAUUCCUUAGCAGCUGUCAGAAAUGCAACUCAAGCUGCAGCACGAAUACAAUCUGCCUUCCGUGCUUACUCUUUCAGGAAGAAACAUCAAAAUGAUGAUGAAGACAAGGAUGGAUUGUCUCCAGAAGAUAUAAAUGGAGUGUCUCUGGCUUUUCGUGGUCUUUGCAAUCCAAACUUUCAUAAAGCAGCUCUAUCAAUUCAAAAGAACUAUCUUUGUUGGAAGAGACGUAGAGAAUUUGUCACCUUACGUAAACAUGUCGUAAAGAUACAGGCUCAUGUAAGAGCUCAUCAGGCAAGAAAGAAGUACGAGCUCCUUUUGAGAGCAGUUGGUAUCCUAGACAAGAUAAUGUUGCGGUGGUAUAGGAAGGGAGUUGGAUUACGAAGGUUUCGAGGUGAACCAGAAUCAAUCAAUGAAGAGGAAGAAAAUGACGUGCUCAAGGUUUUCCGUAAGCAAAAAGUGGAUACUCCUCUUGAUGAAGCUGUCUCAAGGGUUCUAUCAAUGGUGGGCUGCCCUGAAGCACAGCAACAAUACCGCCGAAUGCUUGAAAGUUACGGGCAAGCUAAGAUGGAAGAACAUGGGAGAGAGUCUGAUGAUGUGGAGUUCUACAGAAUGACUCACACCUACCGAGAUAGCAACUUUGUCUGGAAGGAGUCGAGAGAGAUAGUUGACAUGGCUACAUCCUUUAUUACAGAGCGUAUUGGAGAGUCAUCAUCAUCUGGUGAGACUAGUCGCGUCGAAGCUCAAGUGUUCGCCGAAUUGAUGGGACCGGAGCGCAAUGGUCGAAUGAGGAGUUAUGGUGUUAGAGUUACCCCCAUUCAGUUGUCUGCGAUAAACAGAUAUACCCAAAAUGCCAGACAUAGUAGUGGCAGUGCAGAGGUUUAUAGUCUAAAGACAGUGAUGGAAGAGAUGAGGCAGAGCCAUCAGACAGAGAUGGAGGAAAUGAGGCAGAGCCAUCAAACAGAGGUACAAUCUUUGAGAGCUCAGCUGGACCAGAUUGCAUCUUUAUUACAUUGGUUUGUCCCUUCUCAGGUUUUCGAUACUUCCAAUACUCGUAGAGAUGAUAAUGAUGAUGCCAUCGAUCCUCAAUAACUCUUAGACUAUUUUUUUAAGAGUUUUAUAUUUUUUAUAUUUUUUCGAAGCACAUUGUAGAUGUAAAUUGACAAUAUAAAUGUAAUCAUAUUUGACAAUAUGAAUAUUUUCUAUUUCUAUUGAUAUUACAUGUGUUAUUAUAUGACU